AUGUCCAUAGUGUGCGUGUGUUUCACGGUCUCUGGUUCUAUCUUGUUCUUAGGAUUGGUUGCUGCUGAAUCUGUAACAGCAAUGAAGUUGAAAAUCAAGUUUUCUACCCCAAGAAUAGAAGCUGUUCCUGUGAUAAAGGCAUGUGAAUCUGGGCGUAAUGUGGGCAAGAAUUAUGAUUCUCGGGCCUGUGAUGCUAGGAGUACAAAGCGGAAACCUGUGGUGCCAGGGGCUAAUAAACGUGGGCCAUCAUGCGUGGUAGAUGGUCAACCAGAGAAGAAGCAGAGGAUGGAUAGCAGUGUCACACAUCAGUUCUUUUCCCUUCUAAAUUCUCUGAUAAAACAUCCAUGUGGCUGGGCUUUCAGGGAACCAGUGGAUCCAGUGGCACUGAAUAUUCCCGACUAUUUCUCAAUUAUAUCAAAUCCUAUGGAUUUAGGGACAAUAAAAUCUAAGCUGGAGAAGAAUCAGUAUUCUGGAGCUGAAGAGUUUGUGGCUGAUGUCAGACUGAUUUUCUCAAAUGCGAUGCUAUAUAAUCCUCCAACAAACUACGUACACCAAAUGGCAGAGUCAAUGAAUAAAUUUUUUGAGUCUAGGUGGAAGUCCUUAGAGGCAAAAUGGAAUCGUGAACUUUCAAAGUCUGGUGAUGAAAACAUUUUGAGUGGAAAGUCACUAAGACUGAAUUGUCCUGAAACGCCCCCUUUGCCCAAUGCUGUUAUACCUAAGAGGUCAAAACCAUCUGAAGAUAGGGCAAUAAAGAGUUCUUUAAACACCCAAACUGCAGAAGUAAAGCUUUCUAAACCACCAGAAAACUGCAUACACAAAACGUUACAGCAAAGCUCUUACAAAGGCAACAGUAGCGGCAGACAUGCUUGUUAUUCUGUCAGUGUCGAUCCAUCAUCGAGUCCAGCUGUUAAUGAAUGUGGCAAAAGUGGUAGGAGUCCUUUUCAACGUAGCUUUCCCAGUGAUUCAACCCACGACUCCUCUGAUAUAUCUUCUGAGAGGUCAACAGGCAGAGAUGAUAAUGCGUGUGGUGCUGAUGCUUCAAAACCGGAUUUUCAGCGUAAAAGCAUGCCAGCUUCACAAAUGAGCAGGUCGGAUCCGGAGUCUGAUGGGGCUGUAAGUGCUUUGGAUGAUGAAAAUGCAUGCCCUAGCUCUCAGCUUAUGACUCCUGCAACAGAUGCAACUUCUCAAGAAGGAUGGAGACCACCUAGUUUUGAUGUACAACUGUCCCCAACGAAGGCCCUUCGUGCUGCAAUACUGAAACGACGGUUUGCAGAUACUAUCUUAAAAGCACAGCAGAAGGCUCUUCUAGAUCAUGGUGACAAGGCUGAUCCGGUGAAGAUACAGCAGGAGAAGGAAAAGUUGGAGAGGAGGCAGCGUGAAGAGAAGGCUUGGGUUGAAGCCCAAAUCAGAGCUGCUGAAGCUGCCUCACGAUUAAGGGAAGAAAUUGAAUUGAAAAAACAGAGAGAGAAAGAAAGAGAAGCCGCAAGGGUUGCACUGCAGAAGAUGGAAAGAACUGCCGAUAUUGAUCAGAAUCUGGAGAUUUUAAAGGAACUUGAGAUGCUUAGCGGGGCAUCCUUAGCUGUAGGAGCUUGCUCCGGGAGCCCACUGGAGCGUUUGGGUUUGUUUAUAAAGGAUGAUAUUUGGGAUGAGGAUGGGAUGGUACUAAAUGGAGAUGAGGAGGAAGGAGAAAUUUUUACCUGAACAUUCAAUAGAUUCCAUUUUCCUUUUUCCUGUCUGUUAAAUUAGGUUGGCAGUGAAGGGCAGAAGAGAAACAUUAGUUUUAUAUGGGAGUAUAUUUUUGUAGGAAAGGCUGGGGGAGAUUGUAGUUAACAAUAAUAUUUAUAGGAUGCGUAUAUGUAGUAUAGUAUUUUUCUGUGUCGGAUACGUAUAUAUAGUAUAGUUCAGUAGUGAACUUUUUCAACUUGGAUAUUGCUCAAAAUUAUCGUCAUCGAGGUUUUUUUUUGGGGGGGGGGGGGGGGGGGGAGGAAUAGUAUGGAAAUCUGGCAACGUGUUGCCAAAUCCAUGUGUAAUGAACCUGAUGAAAUCUAUGGGCCCUAAUUAUCCCUUGAAUGUGUAAUCUUUCGACUUUGCUGUAAUAUUGGGCUUUAAUAGCCAAUGUGAUGAAUUCUGUAUUCUG